GAAAUCAGAACGUCGCUAGUUUCCGGGUCGCCGUUCAAUAUCACGUGGCAUCUUGCGUAUCCACAUCAGGGUGGCUUUCGCUUGGAGCUGUUGGAUCAUCAGGAACGAACCAUUCAGGACCUCACGCCGAAAACGGCGGAGAGCGAUUUUGUAACCGGUGAUGCAACUGCCCAGCACUUUGAGCUGAAAUUCCCGCACACUUUCGAGUGCAAGGAUUGCACGAUCCGACUCAUCCGCCAGGCCAGCGAAUGGUCCAACAAGUACUAUUUUUGGUCCUGCGCCGACGUGGAUAUCUACAAGCGUGGUUCGAAGAAGGUGGAUUGCAACGGUAGAGGUCGCUACCUGGGCGGUCGUUGCAUUUGCGAGCGCUUGUAUUACGGCGACAGGUGUCAAUACGCUGACGAGUGCCUCGACGACACGGAUUGCGGACUGCGAGGCAUGUGUGUCGACGUCAAAGCCACGUCGUAUCCGAAGAAGAGCUGCUACUGUUUGCCCGGGAACUUUGGCGAAAAGUGUUCGCAAAAGUCCGAGCUCAAGUCCUUGGCCAAUAUCAACUUCGGCGCUUACUCCAAAAAGAAUCUCAGCGACAACAAACAGAAUCAACCAGCCGAAGUGUCGACCGAACUCGAGCCAGAACCCGAACCCGCCACGGAAAAGGCUGCCCCGGUUGUCGCAGCCUCGGCCAGAGGUCGCCCCAGGUACCGCUUCAUCGACUCUGAUCCAGAAGACGAGAAAAAAGAUGAUACGCCAGCAGCUGCAGUCAAUGGAACUGCGAUUGCCGAGCCUGAACCCGAACCCGAAUCGGAACCCGAGCCUGAAUCUGUCACUGAAAUUCAGUCGACAUUGUCCCCCUUGACAACAACUGAGACCAGUACGACGACGACGACGACGACAACAACAACGACGACGACUGCAACGAGUGUAAUAACCACAACAACCCCAACAGCGAAAGCGGAACCUGAGCCGGAGCUUGAAUCGAAGUCUGAACCCGAACCCGAAGCAGAAUUGACCACCGAAAGCCCGGUUGAUGCGAGGGUCAUUUCCAAAGCCACUACCAUCACCGUCGAGGCAACAACCAACUCUGCAAAAACGGAAGAACUUUUGAAUGCAGAGGCUAAGGCUGAACCUGAGCCAGAAUCCGAAGUCACGACUUCUGCCGCGCCUGAAUCCGAACCAGAACCAAAUACGACGACCGAAGAAAAUAUCCUUGAAACGUUGUCACCCACGGAAUCCUCGUCAUCUGGGACAGGUCCUGAAACUGCAAGCCGCCGGAAACGUCAGGCGCCGAAA